ACAUUCUCCACCACUACACUUCACUGACGCACACGGACGAACACCUGACCUGGGAGCCAUGGCUCCCCCGCUCCUCCUCGUCCUCUUCCUCCUCCCGGCCCUCGCUGCCGCCCACGAGCGCCCGUCCUCCUACGGCUCCUCCGCCCUCACGGAAUGGCGCAACGCCAAGGCCUCCUACUUCUCCAUAGACCCCGAAGACGCCGUUGGCGGGGCGUGCGGGUUCGGGGAUCUGGGGAAGCACGGGUACGGGAUGGCCACGGUGGGGCUGAGCACGGCGCUGUUCGACCGCGGCGCCUCGUGCGGCGGCUGCUACGAGGUCAGGUGCGUGGAGGACCUCAAGUACUGCCUCCCCGGCACCUCCAUCGUCGUCACCGCCACCAACUUCUGCCCACCAAACUACGGCUUCCCCGCCGACGCCGGCGGCGUCUGCAACCCGCCCAACCACCACUUCCUCCUCCCCAUCCAGGCAUUCGAGAAGAUUGCGCUCUGGAAGGCCGGCGUCAUGCCCAUCCAGUACCGCCGGGUCAAGUGCCUCCGUGAAGGUGGUGUGCGGUUCUCAGUCUCCGGGAAGGGCUCCUUCUUCACGGUUCUAAUAAGCAAUGUUGGUGGCGCUGGUGAUGUCAGAUCAGUGAAGCUCAAAGGAACGGAGUCUGGGUGGCUCUCAAUGGGCCGCAACUGGGGCCAGAUAUGGCACAUCAACCUAGAUCUCACGGGGCAACCGGUGUCCUUUGAGCUCACCUCAAGCGACGGCACAACAAUGACCAACUUCAACGUUGUGCCCAAAGAUUGGGAAUUUGGCAAAACUUACACCGGCAAGCAGUUCCUGCUCUAGAAAGGGAUUACCAAUAGGCCUCAUAGUUAUUCUUCUUUUAUCCCCACGAGUUGGUUGUACUGUAUAUUCCUCUGAGGAACAAGAUUAUUAGGGAGAAAGUUAUAAUCUCUACUGUAUAUUCCUCUGGGGUAGGAGAAUAUGAGUAUUAGGAAAGGAAAUGUUCAGUUCAGAGCCUCAGAUAGAUCUACAGAUUACAGGAGCUUAUAAAUGCUGCACGUAACAUUUUGACUCUGAUAAUUGCUCCCCAGAGGUUGAUGUACCAAUUGAAAUAUACGGCCAUAUGCCCAUAUCUGUCUUUAUUUUGUAGCAACUUAUAAUGU